ACUCUCUCUCUCUUUCUCGGCGCGUAACCUCGUCUAAAAGCAUCGUAGCGAUGCGUGCAGAGUGUACGACGCCGUCCUUCCUCUUCCUCGCUCGCGUGAAUGACGCCUCCGGUUCUUUCUGGUUCGAGCUCGCCAUUCACCGAAUCGUCGACGAAGCGGCGUCUCGCCCGCACCGGUUCGAACCGGUAAACCGGCUGCCUUGGGUCCCGGUUAAGUCCGCCUCGAUUAGCGCCUCGGCAAUUAUUGAAUGGCCGACCGGCCGACGAUCAGUGAGUGGAACACGGGCAAGCUUCGCGUCUUCCUCGUCGAGAACGAUCACGACCACGACCACGACGACGCUCCAAGAUACGACCAAGGUUGGAGCGCGUGUGGAGAAGCAAGAUGGAGGACGUGCCGAUGACGAGCGACCGGGUCGAUCGUUGUGCAGGGAUGUGGGUCAGGCAUACGCCCGAACCCCCUGGAUUUUCAUCUCGUCCCUUUCUCCGAUAAACAUAGAAUAUUCUCUGGAAUCUUCGGAACUUUUUACAAAAAAAUUUUCUUUAUGACGGUCAUUAUCUAAACUCGAUUAUGUCUACUUAUCUUGGAAAUAGGAAAAUAAAUUUCGUCUGUCAU